AUGAAGAGAAGAAUGAGACAAUGUGAAGUUUGGGUUUCCGAUGGGUUUCACCACUACCAUGCUUUGGGGUUUGGGGUUUGGGGGUUGGAGUUUGGGGUUGGGGUUUGGGGUUUGGGGUUGGGGUUUGGCGUUCGAGGUUGGGGGUGGCGUUCGGGUUGGGGUUGGCAUUUGAGUAGGAGUCUCGGUCUCGAUUUAGGGUUUGGGGUUCGGGGUUCGGGGUUCGGGGUUCGGGGUUCGGGUUCGGGGUUCGGGUUCGGGGGUUCGGGUUCGGGGGUUCGGGUUCGGGGGUUCUUCGGGUUCUUCGGGGUUCUUCGGGUUCUUCGGGGUUCUUCGGGUUCUUCGGGGUUCUUCGGGUUCUUUGGGGUUCUUCGGGGUCCGGGUUCUUCGGGGUCCGGGUUCCGGGUUCAGGGUUCCGGGUUCGGGGUUUUCGGGGGGUUCGGGGUUUUCGGGGUUUUCGGGGUUUUCGGGGUUUUCGGGGUUCGGGGGGGGUUUCGGGUUGGGGGUUUCGGGUUGGGGGUUUCGGGGUUGGGGGUUUCGGGGUUGGGGGUUUCGGGGUUGGGGGGUUCGGGGUAG